AUGGAUAUCGUUCUUGAGGUGACGGACAGCUUCAUUGGCGACUACUUCUUUUCCUGGGUGCUGCCCGCGCGCCGGGCGCCGUACGAUUAUCCAAAUGUGCCCACUAACGGGACCGACCAAACCUUCUCGACAUGGCAGUACAAGCCUUCGACUCACUUCUUCACCAUUGAGCCCUCGCAGGCUGCAUACAUGAGCGCAUGGCCUCGCGACAAUAUCUUCCGCCAGGCGAUUUCCCUCUUCUUGAUCACAUGGGUCUUCGGCCUCAUUGUAUACUUCGUCUUCGCGACGUUAAGCUACAUCUUUGUGUUUGACAAGAACACCAAGAACCACCCUAAGUACCUCAGGAACCAAGUAUGGUUGGAGAUCAAGCAGACCAAUGUGUCUAUGCCAGGAAUGGCACUGUGCACGCUGCCAAUUUUCCUGGCCGAGGUCCGGGGCUUUGGCAAACUCUAUGACCUGACGGAGGAGGGCCCGGGAGGGUGGUAUAACUGGGCGCAGUUCCCGAUCUUCAUCGUCUUCACCGACUUCUGCAUCUACUGGAUCCACCGCUGGCUACACCAUCCGUUCGUCUACAAGCAUCUCCACAAGCCUCAUCACAAGUGGAUCAUGCCCACCCCGUUCGCGAGCCACGCCUUCCACCCGCUCGACGGCUUCGCGCAGAGCUUCCCCUACCAUAUCUUCCCCUUCCUGUUCCCGCUGCAGAAGCUGGCCUACGUUGGACUAUUCGUCUUUGUCAACUUCUGGACCAUCCUGAUCCACGACGGCGAAUACAUGGCGAACAACCCCAUCUUAAACGGGGCGGCCUGCCAUGGCCUGCACCAUCUCGCCUUCAACUACAACUACGGCCAGUACACGACCAUCUGGGACAGGCUGGGCGGCAGCUACCGCCAGCCGGAAGCGAGCAUGUUCGACAAGAAGACCAAGAUGUCAGAGGCCACUUGGGCCAAGCAGACGUCCGAGAUGGAGAAGAUGGUGCGCAUCGUCGAGGGCGGAGACGACCGUGUCUACCUGCCUAGCGACGCCGAGACGAAGAAGCGGAGGUGA